AUGAGUCGGGUGGUUGUUCAAGCAUCGCGUGCCGUUCGGCCAGUAUGGAUACUCGCCGCUAACCGGCCAAGCGCGCAGUCCAUCUCCAAUACCUCGGUGCGAGGCCUACGGACCUAUUCUAGCAGUCGACGUUCGACCUUCCUUCCGGUUGCUCUGCAAACAUCAAUGCAUCUUCGCAGAUUCUCGAUCGCCGCCCUCUCGACCGCAGUCGCCUCCGGAGCCUGGUACGCCUACCAGGGUGACGCCAAAGUCCAAUCGCUCGUUUCGCACGUUCGAGGAUUCGCUUCGAGCGCAGUCACAUCCGCCCACGCUGAGGACCCGUCCGAUCCCACGCGCAGGGCCCUAUUGGUGAGCAACGACCAGUUCUACACGACUACGCUCUCGGAAGACCAGCCUCUGGCGAAGACGACCGACGACUCGGAUCGACGUGUUCUAAACAUGUUGACCCCGGAACAGGCUACAGAGAAAUUGCGGAAGAACGAGGAAUCCCUCUUGGUCAACAGAGGCAACGGUGUUAUUCGUUAUGAUUUCUCUCAGGUCCCCAGCAACUCGCCGAUCGAGGACGACCAUGCCGAGAUGAUUGUCGAGGUCCCAUCAGACGUGGCAGUCAAUACCAGCGGAAACCCCAAUAGUGAUUGGAACUUCUGGGCUGUUUUUGAUGGACACUCCGGCUGGACAACAUCCGCCAAACUGCGUACCAAGCUCAUCGGGUAUGUUGCGCGCGAACUGAACGAGACCUACAAGGCCGCUGCUACUGAUGCGUCGGUCUUGGUGCCUUCAUCCGAGGCCGUGGAUGCGGCUAUCAAGAAGGGCUUCGUCCUUCUGGAUCACCACAUUGUCAACGAAAGUGUUGACAAGGUCCUGAAGGCCCAGUCCCGGCGUGUCGCUGCCGAGCUCCUCGCACCCGCCCUUUCUGGUUCGUGUGCUCUUCUGAGCUUCUAUGACUCUGACUCGAAGAACCUGAAGGUUGCUGUUGCCGGUGACUCCCGCGCAGUCCUCGGACGCCGUGGUCCCAGUGGAAAGUGGACAGCUACACCUCUUUCUGAGGACCAGACCGGUGGAACACCCUCUGAGAUCAAGCGCUUGCGCGAGGAGCACCCCGGGGAGCCCUAUGUUACCCGUAACGGCCGCAUUCUCGGACAACUUGAGCCCAGCCGCUCCUUUGGUGACGCCACUUACAAGUGGACCAAGGACAUCCAGGACAAGAUCAAACAGCAAUUCUUCGGUCGCACUCCUUCCCCUCACUUGAAGACUCCUCCCUACGUUACCGCCGAGCCUAUCAUUACCACUACCAAGAUCGAUCCCACCCAGGGCGAUUUUGUUGUUAUGGCUACCGACGGAUUGUGGGAGAUGCUGAGCAACGAGGAAGUCGUCGGACUCGUUGGAUCAUGGCUGGAGCAGCAACAAUCUGGCAAUGGUGGUAGCAAGGCAUGGCUGCAGAGCUGGUUCGGAUUCGAGCAGAAGAAGCUUCCCGUGGAGGCAGCCAAUGAUGCUUCUACCGAGGGCCAGCGUCGUCCGAUCCGCCAGCAGCAAUAUGAUAUUUCCGGUGCGGAGAGCCGCUUCGUGGUUGAAGACAAAAACGCCGCUACUCACCUCAUCCGCAAUGCCAUGGGCGGCAAGGACAGGGAUAUGGUCUCCGCCUUACUAACUCUGCCCAGCCCCUAUUCUCGUCGUUACCGCGACGAUGUUACCGUUGAAGUCAUCUUCUUCGGCCAAGGCCCCGACUCCCGCACUGUUGCGAUCAACAAGGAGGCUACUGCUGAGCAGGAGGCCGCCAAGGCUAAGCUUUGA